AAUGGCAAUGCAACAGAACCCUAAACCCGGAUUUUCCAAAUUGAAGCUACCCAUUUCCCCAUAGACGCUUUCACAGGAAGAUCAUGUCGAAAUGGUGGCGCGCGGUGGCAACCACCGCCAGAACUCGGAGGGUGGCGGAGGAAACAAACCGGAGAUCUUACUUCACAAUCCAAGCCAUUCCUAGAGAGGUCACCGGAAACAGAGUUUCCAGCAGGGAUCGAGCCCAAGGUCGUAUUCCGGCCGUCGUAUUCUCACAGAACUACGUCCAAUCAAAACCUAACGAUCCUACUUCUAUUGUGGCCGCAAGUUCUGUUUCUAGAAAGUUCCUCCUUACAACUGAAAAGAAGCAAAUAAAAACGAUCCUUAAGUCGGUUGAUCUCCCUUUCUUCUAUUCUACGACCUUUCCCCUUCAGAUCCGGGCCGGUUCGGGUUCGUCAACUUUACUUGAAUCCGGAAAUGUGCUUCCCAUUAAGAUUCAUAGGGAUGAAGAAACUGGGAAGAUACUGAAUUUGGUCUUCGUAUGGGCGGAAUACGGAACAAAAUUAAAGGUAGACGUGCCUGUUGUAUUCAAAGGGGAGGAAGAGUGCCCUGGUCUCAAGAAAGGUGGCUCUUUAAACAAGAUAAGACCUACUCUAAGGUUCUUGUGCCCAGCUGAGCAUAUACCUCAAAAAAUUGAGGUCGAUGUAAGUCAGCUAGAUGUUGAAGACAAAGUGUCCCUGCAUGAUAUCGAUCUUCAUCCGACGUGGAAGCUCUUAAGCAAGAAUGAGGCGAUCCCUGUUUGUAAGAUUAAGGCAACUUCAAUUGAUAGCUAAUUUUGUCGAAGCUAUUGUGCAACUACUGCAAGAGGCAUUUGAAGUCCACUAGUUACAACAAGGUUUGUUCUAAUUUGACCAAGCUUUGUAGGUUGAGUACUGUAUAAGGUGCAUGGUCAAAUGAAAUUUGAAGCUUUUGCUAUAGUGCAGUAAAUUGUGUUUUUAGGGGGACUUGUUCUAGAAUAAUGAACUGUGCGUUAAUGAGUAAAUGGCAACUGGAACUGCAGUCUUUUUAAGUUUAUGGCAUCAAAUAAUUUCAAGUCCA